AUGAUUACCGAACAACCCACGUCACAGGAGUCCGGUCCAGAAGACAAAUUCCGGUUAUCCGAUUCCUCGGAAAAUGACACGGAAGAUUCCAGGAGCAAAGACGAGGAGUUGAACCAUUUUAACCCCCGUGAACAAUCUGUAGAUUCGGAUGAGAUCGGAGAGCUCGGAAAUUCUCGGAAACGGAUGUUUGAUCCCGCAGACGAAGAUUCUAUGCAUUGUCACGAUAUCAAAAAGAUUCGACGGAAACAACCACAAACUUACGAAGACAUUCAAACACAACGAGUGCUAGCAAACGUGCGUGAGCGUCAACGAACGGAGUCGCUUAAUGAUGCAUUCGCUCAGUUAAGAAAAAUAAUUCCGACGCUUCCUUCCGACAAACUCAGCAAAAUCCAAACUUUAAAACUUGCUUCCAGAUACAUCGACUUUCUCUAUCAAGUUUUGCGCAGCGAAGACUCGGACACUAAGAUGGUUAAUUCCUGUAGCUAUAUGGCCCAUGAACGACUCAGCUACGCAUUUAGUGUUUGGCGAAUGGAAGGUGCUUGGGCUAUGAAUGGACACUGA